AGAAGCUGACAUUCAAGCUGAGCAGCUGUGGCAUGAGGGAGACUGAGAUGGCAAAAAUAAAAACAACAUGACAUUCUGUGCUCAGAGAGGCCAUGGUGUAGAGCUAUCAGAUCUGGAUUUUGACCAUGUCAAGAUUCAUAGGAUGUCAUUUGUUUUGGAUGCACCACUGAUUUCCACUGACAGAAGACACGACUGACUUCUUGCUUAAACAAGCCAAGAUAUUAGAAUAACCAUGAAGACAAAUAUUAUCAACACGUGGCAUACCUUUAUAAAUAUUCCCAAUGUGAUUGUCCCAGCUAUUGAGAAGGAAAUAAGAAGAAUGGAAAAUGGAGCAUGCAGCUCCUUUUCCGACGACGACAGUGCCUCUGUAUCUGACGAAUCAGAGAAGGAGAACACCCCUGCCCGGGGCUCCCACAGAAGGGCUGGGCCAUCACAGAGGGGGCAGUACCUGCCUGGUACCAUGGCCCUUUUCAAUGUUAACAACAGUAGCAACAAAGACCAAGAGCCAAAAGAAAAAAAGAAGAAGAAGAAAGAAAAGAGCAAGUCAGAUGAUAAAAAUAAAAAUAAAAAGGAUCCCGAAAAGAAAAAGAAGAAGGAAAAGGAAAAGGAAAAAGAGAAGAAAAAGAAAGAGGAGCAAAGCAAAGAUAAGAAAGAGGAGGAGAAGAAAGAAGUCGUGGUUAUCGAUCCUUCUGGAAACACUUACUACAACUGGCUGUUUUGCAUCACUCUACCUGUGAUGUACAACUGGACCAUGGUUAUUGCAAGGGCAUGUUUUGACGAACUUCAAUCAGAUUUUCUAGGAUAUUGGUUGGUUUGUGAUUACUUAUCCGACACAGUCUAUCUUGCCGAUAUGUUUGUACGGACAAGGACAGGUUACUUAGAACAAGGAUUGCUGGUGAAAGAUAAGAUGAAACUCAUAGAGAAAUAUAAAUCCAACUUGCAAUUUAAGCUCGAUGUUCUGUCCAUGGUACCAACGGAUCUGCUGUACAUUAAGCUGGGGUGGAACUAUCCAGAAAUCAGAUUAAACAGGCUGUUGCGGAUCUCUCGGAUGUUUGAGUUCUUCCAAAGGACGGAGACAAGAACCAACUAUCCCAACAUCUUCAGGAUUUCGAACCUCGUCAUGUAUAUCGUCAUCAUCAUCCACUGGAACGCAUGUGUAUACUACUCCAUUUCCAAAGCCAUCGGGUUUGGAAAUGACACGUGGGUCUACCCCGACGUUAACGAUCCUGAAUUUGGCCGCUUGGCUAGAAAGUACGUGUACAGUCUUUACUGGUCUACGCUGACUUUGACGACCAUCGGGGAAACGCCGCCCCCGGUGCUGGAUUCCGAGUACGUCUUUGUGGUGGUUGACUUCUUAAUCGGUGUCUUAAUUUUCGCCACCAUCGUCGGUAACAUCGGGUCCAUGAUUUCCAACAUGAAUGCAGCCAGGGCAGAAUUUCAAGCAAGAGUUGAUGCCAUCAAGCAAUACAUGAACUUCCGAAAUGUGAGCAAAGACAUGGAAAAGAGGGUGAUUAAGUGGUUUGAUUACCUGUGGACCAACAAGAAAACGGUGGACGAGAAGGAAGUCUUGAGGUAUCUACCUGACAAGCUAAGGGCGGAAAUCGCCAUCAACGUUCACUUGGACACAUUAAAGAAGGUACGCAUCUUUGCCGACUGUGAAGCUGGCCUCUUGGUGGAGUUGGUCUUGAAGCUGCAGCCACAAGUCUACAGCCCCGGAGAUUACAUCUGCAAGAAAGGGGACAUUGGGCGAGAGAUGUACAUCAUCAAGGAAGGCAAGCUUGCUGUGGUGGCUGAUGAUGGCAUCACUCAGUUUGUGGUGCUGAGCGAUGGCAGCUACUUUGGCGAGAUCAGCAUUCUGAACAUCAAAGGCAGCAAGGCUGGCAACCGAAGGACCGCCAAUAUCAAAAGCAUCGGCUACUCGGAUCUGUUCUGCCUCUCCAAAGACGACCUCAUGGAAGCUCUCACCGAGUACCCAGAUGCCAAAACUAUGCUGGAGGAGAAAGGGAGACAGAUCUUAAUGAAAGACGGUUUGCUGGAUGUGAACAUAGCGAAUGCUGGAAGUGACCCGAAAGACCUGGAGGAGAAGGUCACUCGGAUGGAGGGGUCCGUAGACCUCCUGCAAACGCGGUUUGCCCGCAUCUUGGCCGAAUAUGAGUCGAUGCAGCAGAAACUCAAGCAAAGACUCACCAAGGUCGAAAGGUUUCUGAAACCACUCAUCGAGACAGAAUUUUCAGCUCUCGAGGGAACCGGAGGGGAAAGUGAGCUCUCGGAAUCUAUGCAGGGCUGA